AAAAAAAAAAAAAAAAAAAAAGGAAAGAAAAGUAAAUGGGUCCAAGGUUUUUAUACAAAGAUUUGCUUCCUUUUAUAGCUAUGGUGUCUGUAGAAUGCACAAAUGUUGGAGUAAACACUUUGUUCAAAGCAGCUUCUUCGAAAGGGAUGAGUUAUUAUGUAUUCAUAGUUUAUUCUCAUGCAAUUUCAACUCUUGUUCUUCUACCUGUCCCCUUCAUUUUUUACAGAGCAGCAGCAGAAAUCAAGUUGGCCUCUUCUCUCAUAGAAUUUUUGUUUCUUGCGCCUUAUUGGAAUUAUUUUCAUGGUGGUGAUGAAAGGAUGGAGAAGGUAGCUAUGAGAAGGUCAAGCAGUCAAGCUAAAAUUGUUGGAACUAUGGUUUCAAUAGGAGGAGCGUUGGUGGUUCUUUUCUACAAAGGCCCAACCAUUUUAUCCACUAUAUCUCCGACAAACACCACUUCGUUUCGUUGGCCUCUUGCCUCUGCGAUGUCUGAUUGGAUUAUUGGUGGCCUCUUGCUUGCUACACAAUAUCUUCUUUGUUCACUUUGGUACAUUAUUCAGGCUGAGAUUUUGAAGAUAUACCCGGAAGAGCUUAUUGUGACAUUUGUAUACACUUCGUGUGUGACCCUCCUAUCCGCCCCAGUAUGCUUUGUUGCGGAAAGCAACUUGGAUGCUUGGCUACUAAAACCUCAUUUGGCAUUACUUGCUAUUUUGUGCUCGGGAAUUUUUGUACAAAGCUAUAGCAUCGUUAUUCAUUCAUGGGGGCUGCGUUUGAAGGGGCCUUUGUAUGUAGCUAUAUUCAAACCAUUGUCAAUUGCUAUUGCAGCUUUUAUGGGUGUCGUAUUUCUUGGGGAUGCUCUCCAUCUUGGGAUGUAUGUAUGCUCAUCUUUUUUCAUUUUUGUAUUCCAUUUAUAUAUUCCUUUGGAUUAUCAAUUUCACAAAAGGAAAAUUCUUCAAGAAAUUCUAUUAAAUUUGCAUUUUAUACCUAUUUAA